GCCCACAACAGCUUACUACGUUGCUUUUGCCAACUCACAACAACCCUGCAAGGUUGUGGCUGUUCCCCCCAUCAGUCUGAAUAGGCGAUGAAAGGAUCUCCUUGUAAAGAAAAGGUUUCUUGGAAUUUCUGGGGAACAGGAUGACGACACCGUGAACUAUUUCUUUAAACAUGCCUCUUAGGCUUUGGACGCUGUAGUGUUUUUGGAGGUGUGGCUUUGGACCGCUGUUGUGGCUGAGUCCUUCUGGGUGGAAACACUUCAGGACCGUUGUGCCCUCUUGCCGCGGCAUCUUCAAUGUUCCACAUUUGUGUUGUGGAUUACCGACCGGCAGUGUUAGAAGAUGGCUACGUAGUCUCUUGACAGUGGGACUGGAAGGCCGGCCGUGCCUCUUCCUGUCUCCCCCCCGCGCCCCGGGAUUUAUACCUUCUGCUGGUUUUCUUUUUGCUACCUCAACAGUUGAUUUGAAAAGGUUAAACAUUUUCCAAAAGCAGUUAUCAAAAAUGACAAGUCUGUUCCGCCGGAGCAGCAGCAAUGGCGGCUCAAGGAACAGCUCUUCCGCACAGGAACUCAACAACAGCCGGCCCGCCAGGCAGGUGCGGCGGCUGGAGUUUAAUCAGGCCAUGGAGGAUUUCAAGACUAUGUUUCCCAAUAUGGAUUACGACAUCAUUGAAUGUGUUUUGAGGGCUAACAACGGAGCUGUGGAUGCCACCAUCGAUCAGCUGUUGCAGAUGAACUUAGACGGCAGCAGUUAUGACGACAGCUCGGAUUCAGACGACAGUAUUCCUCCUGAGAUUCUGGAACGGACUCUGGAGCCAGACAGUUCUGAUGAAGAGCCGCCUCCGGUUUACUCCCCUCCUUCCUACGACAUGCACAUCUUUGAUAGACAGUAUCCGCAAGCUCCACCAACCCCACCCCCCAGGACUGAUAUCCAGAAUUCCAGCGGCCCUCAAGCACAACAGCGGUACAGGAACUGGAACCCCCCAUUGCUAGGCAACCUCCCCGAUGACUUCCUUCGCAUCCUGCCCCAGCAAAUGGACAGGGUACAGAGUUCCCAAAGCUGCCACCAGACCGCCCCAAGCCAAGAAAGCCCGGGACCUCAAGGCUCAUUAGACCAAGAGAGGAAGUGGAAACAGUACCUGGAAGACGAGCGGAUCGCCCUCUUCCUGCAAAAUGAAGAAUUUAUGAAGGAGCUGCAGAGGAACCGGGACUUCCUCCUUGCCCUCGAGAGGGAUCGAUUGAAAUAUGAGUCCAAGAAGUCCAAGAUGAGCAGUGUUGUCCUCAGUAACGAUGUCAGCUUCUCCUCGGCAGUCGCAGAUGACAUCACUCGCUCCUUAAGUGGCGUGGCCAGCGGUGCCAUCUCCGAAGAUGCCUUAUUCAGGGACAAAUUGAAACACAUGGGGAAAUCAACACGCAAGAAGCUCUUUGAACUUGCCCGGGCUUUCUCAGAGAAGACCAAGAUGAGGAAGUCGAAAAGAAAACAGCUGCUGAAGCAUCAGGUGAUGGGGACUGCAGCCUCAACGGCUAAUCUUCUCGAUGAUGUUGAAGGACAUUCAUGUGAUGAAGACAUCCAGGGAAGAAGACGACAAUUAGACGUGGAAGCAGAAGCCUCCAGAGAAGCACAGUAAGGUCCUUAGCUGGGCUUUGAUCUGUAAAUUGGAAAAGAAACGACAAGAUGAGAGUUGGAAGUAGGUCAAGAAGGAAGAUGGUUUUCUGGCUGGUGCGCCAUCCCCGCCCUGGAGUUAGCAGACUUCUUCCAAAGUGGAAGCACGGCAAUGUCAGGCACAGUCAGGCUUUCUUACGAAUGGGUUACUCAACCCCUUCCUUAUCUGAGGAAUCCAGCCAAAAAGAAUGAUUAAAUUAACAGCGGAUCUGAAUUUUUUUUAUAUGGAAAUCCUUGCUGCUGGAGAAUGGAUGUGGAGUUUGUGAAGUUGGAUGGGUUAAACCUCCCUAUUUCUGUGUUGCACGAAGCUGUUCAGAUGUUUGGAUGAAAAAGCAUUAUACUGUCGGCGGGUGGUCUGGGGGCUAGCGUGUUUAAAAACAUAUCUCUUUUUGCAGACGCGUGGUGACUUUCAUCCUGGUAAUUGCGUGGCCUCGGGAUUUUGCCAAAUUGUUUUGUUAUCAUUAUUGCUGCUAAUAGGAGUAAGCCCAAAUCAAGAUCUGUCAAAAUCAGAAUAACGAAAAUGCAUUUCUCUGUGAAAAUGUGUUUCUGCUCAUCCCACACUUCAACCAGGAAAAAAAAAAUGCCACAACAGCUCAGUCUUUGGCCUUGGUCCUUGAGUUUUAAAAAGCGAACACUAAAGAAUUAUCCACACCGCUAAAAAUGCAUUCUCCCCAUUGUACUCAGGUGACCUUCUAAUUUUGUAUUCCUACAUUACUAAAAAACAAAA